AUGGCCUUUCUGCCCAGCCUGGGAGCAGAGACCUGGGUGUUUCUGGUGACCUGUGGUGCCCUCUUGCUGCUGUAUGGGAUAUGGCCAUAUAAUUUUUUUAGGAAGCUGGGUAUUCCUGGACCCAGGCCUCUGCCAUUCAUUGGGACAUAUUUGGAAUACCGAAAGGGAAUGUUAGAAUUUGAUCUGGAAUGUUCUAAGAAAUAUGGCAAAAUAUGGGGCCUAUAUGAAGGCAGACAGCCUAUCCUGGCCAUCCUGGAUCCUGAUCUCAUCAAGACGGUUCUUGUCAAAGAGUUCUACACCGCUUUUACCAACCGACGGAACUUGGCUUUAAGUGGAAAUCUGAAAUUGGCCAUCACUGAGGUAGAGGAUGAGAUGUGGAAGCGGAUUAGGGCCAUUAUCUCCCCAACCUUCUCCAGCGGGAAGCUCAAGGAGAUGUUUCCCCUCAUCAAACACCAUGGAGACAUUCUGAUGAAAAACAUUGAGAAGAAAGUGGCUCAGGAUGAGGUGGUCAAUGUGAGCGAGAUUUUUGGAGCCUACAGUCUGGAUGUCAUCACCAGCACUUCCUUUGGUAUAGACACUGAUUCCAUCAAUAACCCCGAUGAUAUUAUUCUACGCUGUGUUAAGAAGGCGGUCUCCGUCAGUUUUCUGAGCCCCCUGAUCUUCCUAACAGGGUUGUUCCCUUUUCUUGUACCAUUGCUGGAAAGGAUGAAUGUGACUCUGCUUUCCAGGAAGGAGUUGGACUUCUUUGUGAAUGUAACCCAGCGUCUUAAGGAGCAACGGCAAGCAAGUGGACGCAGUGACCGUGUGGAUUUGCUACAGCUAAUGAUCGAUUCCCAGGCCACAGUCAGCCUGGAAUCCAGCAAGUCAAACCACUUCCCUAAAGCUUUGACGGACGUAGAGAUUACUGCUCAAAGCAUCAUCUUUAUUUUUGCUGGAUUUGAGACCUCAAGUUUAACCCUCAGCUUCAUAGCUUAUAACCUCGCCACUCACCCCGAGGUGCAAGAGAAACUUCAAGAGGAGAUCGACAGUGCCUUGCCCAACAAGGAGGACUUCACCUACGAUGCCCUCUUCCAGAUGGAGUAUCUGGACAUGGUGGUGAAUGAGACCCUCCGGCUCUUCCCUCUGGGGGGACGUCUGGAGAGAGUUUGCAAGAAGACUAUUGAGAUCAAUGGUGUCACUGUCCCCAAAGGAACGGUCGUGGUCAUUCCCACUUAUGUUCUGCACCGCGAUCCAGCAUAUUGGCCUGAGCCGGAGAAAUUCUGUCCUGAGAGGUUCAGUAAAGACAACAAGAAGGGGUUGGACCCCUAUGUGUUCCUCCCCUUUGGGAUCGGGCCUCGGAACUGCAUUGGCAUGAGGUUCUCACUCCUUUCUCUGAAGGCAGCCCUUGUCCUGCUUCUGCAGAACUUCUCCUUGGAGAUUUGCAAAGAGACUCCCAUCCCCUUAGAACUGAACACCAACAGCUUCAUGGUACCCAAGAAGCCUAUCUUUCUGAAGCUCACACCCAGAACAAGGGUUGUGUCCCAGGAGUGA